AUGUUCUUCAAGCCCGUCUCUGUUUCUGGCGACAUCCUCGUCCGUGACCAGCUUAAACGCCUCGUCAAGCCUUUGUCUCUGCUUUUUGCCCAAAUGCCGCAAGGUCGCCCCGCUCCCACCUACCUGACCCGCGUGGAAAGGGCCUUGACUUGGUUCGUUAAAGGGGGCACUCGCGAGCUUGAUGUUGAUUCAAUCUCGGCGCUGGUUCGAGACGUGGAUGCAAUCAUGGGUCGGAAAUCUGGCCCGCACUACAAGACCUUCAUUAGAAAGGCUCUCGCGAAAGAGCAACGAAGGCGACGUCUAUCCUACAACAAAGAGACAGGCGCAGUCCGAAUCAACCAUCGCGGACUGGUGAAAUAUGAGACGGUCCCAGGGGUAACGUUAAGCAGGGCCCAGGCACUGCAGCAUCGCGACCUCUGCGUCAAUGCCCUCGCCCAGGUCAGGGCCUCAGUGAACCAGUUCACGCUCCGAGUGGCGCACAUCCGGUUCUUCGAAGAAGUUAGGGAUGGUGACGAUCCCAUGGUGGUCAGUCCUGAGGAGAUUGCUAUCACGGUCAACAAGAAGUCUAUAUACACCGACGGCAUCCGCAUGGAUAUCAUGCUCUCCUUCAACUUCGGCCAAAUCGAUGGCACCUGCUCAACCUGCGUUCCCUCGGUGCACUCGAUCCGUCUGCCUAUGAGGCGGGGGCCCGGGGCACGUGCGGCGCGCACGGCUGGCGUACAAGGCAAUGAGGAGAUGUCGCUCGCGCGCGUGAAGGAUGGUCCGCCGUCCACGAAGGAGGGCGAGCGUGAUGCUGAACCCGCUCCCGCGCUCGUCGUACAAGGCCAACGUGAAGCGGCGACGGCGACGCUCGCGCUCAGGUCGAGUGGUGUUGGCGUCCACCAAGAGCUCGUCUCGUCCAUGCUCUCAUGGAAGCCGACGGUCGUCGAGCGCGACUUCACGGACGCAGAGAUCGUGUAA